AUGGAUAUUAUCCUCCUCGUUAUAGCUAGGGGCCGGAGCUGUCAUUAUCUCACUAUUUGCAGAGACUCUAGGAAGCUCAUCCAUCUGCCUCUGCCUAUCGGGUAUUUUGGCAAUGCAUUACAUAUCUCACGACUGUCGUUGGAUACAGAAGCAUUACAGAGUUGGGGGUUGGAAUGCGUGGUGGGGAUAGUGCAUAACCAUGUGGCGAGCGUCGAAGAAGAAGAGCUGUGCUCGGUUAUGGAUUGUUUCGAACGGGAGAAAGUAGAGGAGCUGGAGCGAUACGAGCAACCGCGGUCCCAAGGGGAGUACUACUACGUGCGAGUCGCGAUGUUUAGGAAGGACGAGAAGGCGGUCCACGUGUCGUAUCAUGUUGGCAAUGUGGAAGGGGAAGGGUUAAUUACAGUCAUGCCCUCACCGAAAGGAGGUCUAGGUCGGACCGUGACAGUGACACUGCCAGUGGAUCAGAUUGCUAAGCUGUGCAAGGACGAAGCAGUAUUGGACUUGGACCCAACUAUGCUAAUGAACGGAAAAAGAUGA